AUGGUUUAUAAAUCUAAAAUGCAAGUCAUAAUUGUUUUGUCCAUAGUAGCCAUGACAUUUGGCGGUGAAAUGGGUUACGAUUAUCAGUCUCUCCAUACAUCCACAAGUGCGGGCGGCAACCAUAUGAUUUCUAACAAUGCUGGAAUCUCAAGCAAUUCAUUUCAUUCUUCAAGUCCCCACACAGAAUUCUACACAUUUUCUGCACCAGAAGAAGAAUUCUACGAUGCCAAUGAGAUACAACGCAUUGCAGGAAGUGUUAAGCCAAAAUUACGUGUUGUGUUCAUAAGAACUCCAGAGAACAAAGCCCUUGAAAACGCUGCUUUGGAUCUGGCCAAACAAGCAGCCCAGCAAAAAACUGCCGUAUAUGUUCUUAACAAACAAACAGACAUUGGCGAACUGGCGCACAAAUUUAAUGCAAUUCAGAAGGGAUCGGCCACCAGACCUGAAGUUCACUUUGUCAAAUAUCGCACCGCUGAAGAGGCCAUUCAUGCCCAACAUACCAUUCAGAGUCAAUAUGAUUCAUUCGCUGGACAAUCGCGUAAUAUUAAUGGUGGGGUUGCUGGUGUUCUCAACUUUGCAACGCAAAGUUCAGCUGUUGUGAGCCAUAUUCCUUCACAAAACAAUGAGUACUUACCAUCCAUGGUUCUACGUUUAUAA